UUUCUUCUCAUUCAUUCCGUUCAUCACUCUCCACUCCACCCUCCCACUUCCUCAUUCCUGAGGAUCCUCAUGACUCUUUCCAUCUGAGCAGAUCCUUCUUCCACUAUACUACUAUUCUGCCCUACUCACACCCCACUUCGCAUUUCACACCAACCUCCCCCUCCCCUCCUCCUCCCCUUCACACCAAACCCCCCUUCCUUCACUACCACGCGCAGAUCACAUCUUCUCCCCCUCCACCUCCAUUCCGCACCCUCACUAUCUCUCAUUUCCUGCAGCAACUGUGCUCGUGUCCGCGGAGUGAACGACUAGCGCGAACGCGAGUGCAGACCAGGGAAUUCAACGCUCGCCGUCAAUGUCAAAGUCAGGGGCACCAUCUGCCUCGGCUUCAGCGUCCGUCUCGAGCCAUGAUCCCCACUCGCUGCCCCCGAACGUCAAGGGUCUCAUCCAGCGAUACCUAGCCGUCUCUCUCCCGACCAUCACCCUGACCCCCGAAGUGAUCGAUGUGCUCGACAGAUCAGAGGUCUUGAUCCCCUCUAGGAUUCAAGUCACCAUGCGCUGGUGGAAGGAGGACACAGCCAGCUCCCUCUCUGUGUAUCCAAAACUGAACAGCCCUCUUCCCGAAGCAAUUGAGCGGCGACAGGCUAUGCUUCAACGACGGAAGGACCUGGAAAAGCAACAGCAACAUCAGAAGCUCCUUCAGCAGCAGCGAGAGAGGCAGCAACAGCACUUGGCGCCAGGAACUCUGCACCAUCAUCGUAGCCACGACCUCUUGCACGCACAGCCUUCGACAUCAUCAGCCCAUCUUUCUCAGGCUCAGGUACCGACACAAAAUCUGACACAAACGCAGGCUCACUCUCCCACUUCGCCACGCGCAUCUCCAUUCUUGAAGCGACCCUGGGCAGGAGCCCGCCUACUGAAUGUCUUCCGCAGAUCAAAGUCCAAGUCCAAGGAGCCAUCACCCGCCCCAGGAACCAGCGGUGCAGAUACUAGGGCCUCAGAGGGCCUCACACCCACACCUACACCCACGCCCACGCCUACCCACCACGACGAUCUUGUCUCCAGCAGUCGCGUGGAUCUGGCCGUUGUGGACGACUCUGAGGCGGAAGCGAAACCUCUGCCGUCCUUGCCUGACGCAGCCUAUCCGAUCACGGUCGCAUACCCGGUCCGAUGCACGCUAGAGCAACUGCGUCGAUACUUUGUGGAAAUGACCUCGCUGACGCUCGAAAUCCAUAUCACACCACAGCUGUCCGUCCUGGCCACGGUCUCGAAUCUCACAGAUCUGUUCCAGAAUCUAAACGGGACCUUUUCGGGCGUCUUUCCCUUCUCAACUGUAAUGCAGAAUGAUGACCCGCGUCUGGCCUCGGAAGCCCUAUUCAAGAAACGCGUCGUGCUCGGUAUGGUCGUCUUCCAGGCCUGGUCGCAGGAUACCUCGGAGGUGAACGAUUCUGACGAGGAAUCCGACUCGAUCUCGACGAACUCGAUGCUACAGAUGCUCGCGGAUAACGCUCCAGGGGGAAUGCCACCCCAUAUGCAUCCGUCGUACCACCAUCGGCAUUUGACGCACCAUCUCCAACCACAAAACCCACAACAGCGUCUUGUACUCCGCUCUGAACCCCAACCACAACAACAUCGCUCACACCACCAUCCACAACAGCAACAGCAUCCUCAACGUCAACAACAACAACAACAACAUCGGCCACAUCCUCAAACACAAAAUUCACUCAUGCCUCUUUACCCUCCUCCUCAACAGCGCAUUCCACCGCCUGUUGGACCAUCCCAGGUACCAUACCCACAGCACGAAUAUGACAGUAAUCCAGCCCGAUUCCGUCAACGCCCAAAUCCCACACAGCACCCUAUUUCACCGCCGCAUAUGCAUCGCCAACCGCUGACUGCAGGCACCCCCUCCAGGACGCAGUAUUCACACGUAGAACGAGGACAUCCAGCCCAGGGGCCUCCACCUCCAAUACAGGGACGCCCAGCCGAUCGCGAUAGUUUUGGACAUCGGAUUUCGAUGCGGUAUGAUGAAGACCCGCUGCAGGCUCAGGGAGAUCAGCGCAGGGUCCUCCCGCGUCCACAUACAAGCGUUGCCGCUGGUCCGCCCUUUCCCCGAGGCGACUAUCGAACUCGGGAAGAUCUGUAUCGGCCCUCCAGAGAACGUCUCACACACGCGGGCAGGUACCAUGAUCGCCAGGACUCUACUAUUGAAGAAGCCAGAGCGCAGGACCGUCGCCCUAAUGCGAGGAUUCCUGUACCAGGUGUUGGAACAUCGGGCGGUCCAUUUCCUCAGAACUACCGUCACCAUCACCAGCAACAGCAGCAGCAGCAGCAUCACCACCGUCAUCAUCACAGACAAGAGGUCCCGCCGUCAUCUGUAGAUGAUGAUACGAAUGCGUACAGUCAAGGCGGGCGAUCCAGGCCACGAGCUGGUGCGACUGCAGCAGCUAUUGGACGCCUCGACUCGGUCCUUGCUCGGGGACAAGAUCUUUUGCACGGUAUGAGAACUAGUCUUGCAUUGGAUCCCGAAGAGGUGCAGAAUAUGUCUGCACGAAAUAUCCGAUCCUCAGCUAUGCGAGAUGACCUCGAUGACGACCGGUUCAUUAUGCCUUAUCACGAGGUUCUCCCCUACUGGCCUGCCAAGUCGAGGUUCAGCCUCGAAAUGAGUAUUCCAACCGCAUAUUUGACCACCCGUGGUUUGCUCAAGGGCUCGAAACAAAAAAAGCACUCAUCUAUGCCUUUGAGCGGCUCAUCUCGCGACCCUACAUCAUCUGCUUCAGACAGAAGAGACCGAGACCGAGACCGAGACCGCUCUGAGACCCCACGUGCAUUCCAGCCCCGACAAAGUCGUCCCCCUGACGCUGAGUACAGCAUGCAACAAGGUCAACCAGGACCCUCUUCGCAGUACCCACAGGAGCGACGUGGUCGCAGCACCAGGCAGCAAGAGUACCAGCAGCAACCGCAGCAUCAACGACAACCAUGGGCGGAUCCGACACCAGUUUCUGCAUCCACGAUGUCGACGCCCCGACCGCUGAGGCGAUCUGCGAGACCGAUUCAAUUUGAGAAGCUCUCUUCGCGUUCGGAUCUAGCACGACUUCGCAUGGUCCAGGAAGAGUCGAUGCGUCCUCAGUACCAGUCCUUUGAACCCGAUCCUUCUGGUGCGGAUGUAGGUCAGUCCUCGGGAUAUGCACGUGAGAGAUUUCCGUUGCUGGACCAGCAUCCCUCUUCGCAAGCGCAACCAUCGCCGUACACAUCCGAGCGACAGCGCCAGCAGCAAGGCAGUAACUGGUCUCAGUACCAUCAGAACCAGUCGGCGGGUCAGCAGCGGUCUCCACGAAAGUCAAAGUCGUACCCUCCACCACCACCGUCCUCGCGGGGCCGUGGCUCACGAUCCAGUCGGAGAAGCCGUCGACGCUUGAGCUCGAACGAUCGAUUGCAGCUUAGGAUGAACCCCAAGGCCGGGGAUAUGCUGAAUUACAUCCCGGAUCUGUUCCCGAAUCGUAGCAUGUCUGGACUCCUCGUUCCGGAGUACAUCUCUUCCAGCAGCGGUAGCAGCAGGAUCAGCACUGGGAACAGCUCCUCGUCUGGUAGCACUGAGGAAGACGAGUACGGGUAUGGAUAUGGUGCUGGCGGUGGCGUGGAUAUGAGUGGACGCACGUCAAGGCUUCAGAAGCGUCCCCAUCGAUCGUACCGCCAUCAUCGUGAGGAUCAGCAACAGGCGAAGCGACAUCAGAGUCAGAGAUCGCAGAAUCAGCAAUCGCCACAUCAGCAGCGGGCAGAGAAAUCGAGGAGGCGACAUGCGCGCGGGAGCAGGGUGCAUCCGCAGCAUUUUAACUUCAAGGUCGAUUGCCAGUUGCAGUUGACGCCCGAGGUGAUGGCCGCGUGCAUGGUCGAGAACAUCUCGGUCGAGGUGUGGAAGUUGAAUAGCAAGCGACAGACCAUGAUUGAACUCGGGUCCGCAAAGUUACCGCUGCACAAGGUCUUGAGUCGGAUCAUGCACAAGACCGCGGUUAUGGGUCCACAAGCAGCAUCAGCGGCGGCGUCGAGCGCUUUGCCUAUGCCGGGGAGACAUUAUCCGGGUGGUAUGAGCUCUGCUGCAGGAGGAGCGCAGCGUAGAGGCGGUUAUGUUGGCGAGGGCCAUUCUAGGGCUGCAAAUGUUGGGUACAAGGAAGGAUGGCGACUGGAGCCCUCGGUGUACGAUAUCCGGUCCAGACAUGGCACGGUGAUCGGGCAGUUGGAUGCCCAUGUCUGGAUCCACCCACGUUCGCGAUCGGACUCCAUGGUCUCGGCGGCGGCGUGAUGAAGAAAAAAAAAAAGAAAAAAAAAGAAACGACAACACUCUAGAGAUGACGGAUUACGUCUGGACACGAAACGAACUGAAUGCCUUUCUUUUAUUGCUAAUUAUCCAUAGAAGUUCCUAUUUUUGCUGUUUGCUUCCUUUUGUUGCUCUUUCGUUUUACACCCUAAUAUGUCUGUUUCCAAUGCCUUUCUAUAUUCUUUUACAGCCUAAUUCUACAGAUAGAAGACGAUACUAAUCAGAUAAUACUACAUAUCAUAAUGCAAAUACAAUACAAUACGAUACAAGAG